GUUACAGACAUGCAGACUGCAGUUCAGUUUGAUAAGGCGUUUGGUCUCUAUCUUUUGUUGAAUUACUUCUUAUUACAUAUUUAUUAAUUUUUUCGUAUUUUUAUUUACAAAUUGUUUUGAAUAAAGGAUCUUUUUAUAUUAUAUAAUUUUUAUUCAGUUUUAAUUAUAAUUUAUUUUUGCCACUAUCAAUAGUUUAAAUUUUUCUUAUACUUUUUUCAUCGUGUCGACGUACAAAAAUAAUUGUAAAUUUCGUAUUGUAACUACGUGUUUAUAAAAUUUGUUAUAAUUAUCUAAUCCUCAUCGAUAUGGAGUGUAGUUUAGCUUCAACAUAUACUAGUAAUGCUACACAAUCAUCAACUACCGUAUCGAGUAAUAGAAGCCCUGCAAAAUCUGGUUUACAUGUAAACUUUACAGAAAAAGUUGAAGUAAAAGAAAAACGUGAAAAAUUUUUAACAGCCAAGUAUGGUGCUCAUCAAAUGAGUUUAAUUAGAAAACGUUUAGCAGUUGAAAUGUGGUUAUUAGAAGAACUUCAGAAACUCUACGAUUUACCUAAAGUAAGUUGAAAUUCAUUUUUUUUAUAUUCUUAUAUUAUUUUAAAUAAAUUAAUAUAAUAUUUUAAUAUUCCUAGUGGCAUUCCAGUUAGUAGUUGGAUGUGCAAUGAGUUAUUUUAUUUUUGUUUUUUGUAUUUUCAUUUAUUUAGUAAAAUGUACUUAUUGGGGCUUUUAAAUAUAAUGCUAAAACAAAGCAAUCAACAAUAUAAUGUUUCCUAUGAUUGAUUCCCUUAUACUUUUUUCCCUUAUUAACUUUAGGGUUCUAUCUCGUCUUACGAGAUUUCAUGUUUCUUUUUUUAUUCUCAUCUAAUCCAUUAAUUUUCAACAAAAUUAUUCUUCACAUUACAGAUUGCGAUUGGCAAAUGAGGACUCCCACUUUAUUAUUUAACUGUGAAUUAUAGUUUUAGUUUAUUUUGAUUACUAUUAUUAUCACUUUAUUUUUCCUGUUUUUUUGGGAAUCGACUCGUACAAUAUACAAUAAGGCUAUUUAGUAGUAAUUACUGUUGGACAUAUUUUUGUAGUAUUUGAUUAAUUAAAUAACUCUUCAGAAAUCCAUCAUUACUUGCCUACAGUAGUUUUUAAAGACCUAAUAUAAUUUAACAACUUAAAACAUUUUUUUUAAACAACAUUUUUUUGUAAAUCUAUAUUUUUUAUAUAUACCUGAAUACUUACAUAAACUAAUUAAUUAUAAUUGUAAUAAUAAGUAUUUGUAAUCAAUGAUGAUAAUUAUAAUAUUAUUUGUAUAUUUAAACAACAAGCAUAAAACAUUUAAAAAACCAUAAGGUAAAUCAGUAAUGGAAAUUAGUGUACAAAUGUUUGAAAAUCUUUGGUAAUCCUACUGGAAAUCUUGGUAGUCAUUGGAAAAGUCAUGGUAUUCUGGAAUCUGGUGUACAUAAUAUUGUUAAGUGUUUUACCCUCUGAAAAAACCUUACCUGAAGAAUGCCAUUUCACUAAGCAGAUAUUUCUUAAAAUUCAGGUUAUUACUGUUUCAUCUAGAUACCUAAUAUAUUAUAUAGGCAAUUAAUAUUUCACGGAAUUUAUUUUAUAUUAUACAAAUUCUCUAAAUAUGGUAUAAUUUUUUAAUUAUAUUAUAAAGUAUUUUAACUUUUUGUUUUAUUUAUAGUUAUUAUUAUUAUUAUUCAUAUGGCAAUUUAUAGCUAUGAACAUAGCUAAUACAAUGUCAAGUUAUAUUUUAAAUUUAUAAUGCAUUUAAAAAUGUUUUGGUUUGACAUUUGUGCUCAGCAAUUUGAUAUAAGGUUUUUUCAUAAGUUGUUCUCUUGGUUUUUCUUAUGGGAAAUGGAAGUAAAAAAAGUUUUGAAAUCUAAUUACAAUUUUUUUAUUAAUAGUGUUUUUCUUAUUUUUACAAUUGUCAUCAUUUUUUUUUAUAACCAUGGUUCGAGUUAAAAUUAAUGGUAAGAUUCAAUAAAACACGAAAACAAAAUUAUUUUAUAGUUAUAAAUUAAUACAAUUUUCAUUUCAAAUUAAUCAAAAAAUAUUUAACCAAGUUCCACCCAGAAUCACACUUUAUUUGUAAUGAUUUACCACAAUUUAUUUGGAGAUUUAUUGUUGCAUUCAUAAUCUAAACUAAAUUACCCCUAUAUUAUAUCUUGUAGGUCUAUCUCAGAUAUACUUCUAGAGAGGGGGGGCAGUAGCGUAAUGGAUAUUGUUUACAAGUCACAUAGUUCAAAGGAAGAAUUUGAGAAGGUAGGAUUUUAUUUGUAUUUAAUAAUAAAUAAUUGCUAAUGAAAAAUGAUUUUAAACAAAGUUAUAUUAAACACCUUUUAAAAUGUAUGAUAUUUUACAAUUUUCAUCAAAAUUUGAUUAUAAAAAUAAAAAAAAAUAUAUUACACUCGAUUGUUUUUAUUAUUAUUAUUAUGUACAAUCUAUCUCACAAUUUAUAAUGAACAUUCUGUUAAAUUUUUGAACAUUUUUGUCGGGUUAAAAAAAUAAAAUCUACUAAUUAAAAACUUAGAAACUCUAAAAUGUAAAAUGCCUAUGCCCUACUGCCUACUGCCUUGCCAAGUAAAAGUGUUAUAAAAAUAAAUAUAUUGGUUUUGAGAUAAAUGCAUGUUUUUAUUUUUCAGUUUCUUACACCUUUAUUAUUUUAUAUUCUAUUUGAUUUAAUAUAAAACUUAUGCACCUUUAAAAUAUUUUUGACAAAGAAUGAAAUGAAAUAAUAAUAAAAGAGUAGUAUUGACUUACAAUGGAAAUUAAAGUUACUUUCAUGUUAUUACUUGGUAACAAAGGUUGUAUACACUUCUAUUUACUAAUGAAAAAUGCUAUAAGUAAAUUGUAGUGUUUUCUAUAUAUGUAUUUACUAUAAAUAAUUUAACGCUAUAGAUAAAUUUUAUGGUACCUAUUAUAAAUUGUAUAUAAAUAAAUGUAUUUAGGAUUAAUAUACAAUAAAUAAAAAUAUAUUAAUAAAGAUAAAGUAUAAAAUAUCAUAAUUAUAUUAUAAAACAACUUUUAACAAAUAAAAUUGUCAAAAUUAAUGUAAAUUAGUUCAAAUUAUUAUUAAACAUUGGUGUAUAUUUUGCCAAAACUGUUUCCUUUAUUGUGAUAGAACUUUUAAAUUGUCGAAAAUGUUGUUUCGUUUUUUUACAGGAAUGCCAUAAUGUCCACUCAAUGGUUAAAAUCCAACUAUAUCUGAUAUUUUCAUAUCAUUUUUCUUUUUAAUCGAGCUUAGAAUAUUUUUUUUAAAACUACAUUUUGUAUAUAAAAUAAAUUUAUCUAAAAAAAAUUUCCCCUCAAAAAAAAAAAAAAAAAAUGCUAAUCAGUAUAACUGAUAAAAGAAGUAUAGGAUACUGCUAUAACUAAUAAAAUAUGAAAAUGUUGAAAAAAAAAAUAUUCAUAUCUACAAAAUUAUUUAUGCUUAGUAAGAUACAGUGUUCUUACUUAGUACCACUAAUUUUUUUCAAUGAACGAUAAUUAUGUUUUUAGCCUAUUCAAUACAAUUUCAGGGUUUUUUUUUUCUAUAGAAAAUAUGCAAAUUUGGUAUAUUUCUCAGCUACUAGAUCAGCUACUAAUCAGCUACCUAAUUUUUUUUUUCCAGUUAUUGCACUUUUGCUUAACAAGGCAGUAUAAAAAGUCAGAAUGUUAUGGAAAUAUUACUACUAGAAUAAUCUAUUAUAAGUAAUUAGUAAACAUUUCGGUCUCCUUGUUUAUUUUUAACUGAAUUACCAAAAAAAAAAUUGAUCAUUGCAUAAAUUUCCCUAGUUUUUUUCUUCAUUUUUUCUAAUUAUUAAGAAAACUUCAAGAAUAAUCAAAACGUGACAUCCCCAAUGUUUUAACUAAAGAAUAUAUUUUUUAAAAAAAUAUCUCUUGUUUUUUGAUUGGUGCUAGAUUUUUGGUAGAAAAGUUGUUAUCAAACUUUUAAAAACACAUCAUUCUUAAAUAUGCUCAGAAUCUAAAAUAUUUUUUAGGUUUUUUUUAUCCUUUUAUGUUGUAAUGUACUCACGGUGUAAUAAAAAGUUUGGUGGUACUUAUUCGGAAAAAAUGUGUAAAAUUGAAUUUUAUAUUAAAGAAUUUCACAAUACAAAUGUAUAUUCAAAUUUAAAAUCAGUCAGUUUAUUAAUUUUUUCUUAGAUUACUAAUAAACUUGUAAACUAGGUAGCAAUUUAAUUAAAAAUGUAUAUUAGUUAAUCAAAGAGUAAAUAAUAUUCAAAAUAGUAAAUAAUUUAUUUAAUUGACUUAACCUACCAAUUAAAAAAUAAAUAAUUAAUUCCACGCAUGGCUAAAUAACUUUGAAGUUUUUAUAUAAAUUUAGCUAGUAUUGGUUUUGGUAAAUGUUUUACUUAAGUUUUUUUUUUUUAGAGAUUAAUUUUUUAGUCUUAAAUUCCCUUUUUUUUCAAUAGUAAUUUUUUUAUAUUAUACCUAACAACCUACCUACCUUUAUAUGUAAUAAUAAUAAUAAAGUGUUUUGAAUGGUUGUAUUGUUUAGAAACAGUUGCGUUUCUCAAUCCUGUUCGUCAGAGUCAUAGAAGCAUAACAAGAAUAGCUUUCUCUACUAUACUGUCUAUACUAAACUCACUACGAUACGAUCCAUUUAAAUUUAAAUUUAAUUUCUAUGCAAAAUAAUUACAGUGUCAAAGUUUAAUCAUUUAAAUACUUAUGAAUUACUAAAACAGAAUCAGUAGGAUAACAGUAAUAAUACUUGUAAUAUUAUUAUACUUUGGUAUCUAUAUAUGACUCAUGUAUUAUUAGUUAAUUGACCUCUGAAAAUUCCAAAAUGUUAUGGACUGGUUGGUUUGAUGAAAACCAGUUAUCCUUAUGAUCAUAUAGUUCAUAUUUAAAUUUGUAAACAGAAAAAUUAUGUUUAAUCAUUUUUCCCCCCUAAAUAGUUAAAUACAUUGUAUAACAAUAUAAAUAAUAUCAUUGAUUAUAAAUAUUAUAAAAAAAAUAGUAUUUAUAAUCAAAUAAUAUUUUCUGUGAUAUUAUAUAGGUAUACAAUGUUUAUGGUUAAGAAAAUUCAAAACAGAACAAAUGUUUCCCUUAUCUUUCUUUGUCUAACACAUAUGUACCGUAGUAAACAGAUAGACAGUUGUCCAUUGGUGUAGUGUGAGUGAUAUGAGUUCUCAAAACAGAUUUCUAUUCAAUGUGAAGUCUAUGUAAGUUUGGCCUAUUCGAUUUAUCAUUAUUUUAUUUUUUUUAAUUUAAAUUUUCAAAUUAAUUUUUGGAAGUUAAGAACUGUGAUUUAUUCGAAAAAGUGUUUUGGUCAAACUCAUACACUUUACGCUGAAUUUGAAUCUGUUUCCAGAUCUCAUAUCACUUCACUAUUUCGAACAGACUAGUAGACAAAAAUUGGUCUAAAUUGCUAUACUGCAUUGUAUGUUAGGCAAAGAAAGGUAAAAAGGAAUCUCCUUAACUUUUUACAGAACAUAAUACCUUUUUGUAAUUUAUCCUCGUCUUAUUAAAAAUAAUGUAUUAUUUAAGUUAAUUAAAAAAUAAAAUAAAAACAUAUUUAUGUACAGGAUUUUUUCUAUGUGAAAUUAACUCACUAAGUAUUUCAACACACGCUUAUAAUUAUUAUAUUAUUACAGAUAAUAUUAUACUAUGAUUGUCUUAUUAAAAAUUAAAUCUAAUGUAGGUAUGCAUUUAAUUCUGUGAUUUUCUAGUAUCAUUUUUCACAAGUUUUGAUAAAUUAUAACGUGAUUUAAAAUCUAUUUAAUGUAAUAGAAAAGUUAAUUCAUUGAAAAGAUUUUUAUUUAGAUAAUUUGCUGAGAAUAAUAAAUUAAAAUUUUCUAAUUUAUUAAAUAAUAUAAUUCAUUUAGGUAAUAAAUAAAAUAGAUAAUUAUACAUAUUUUUAUUGUGUUGUAUUAAUAAAAUGUAACAAUUGAAUGCUUACUACAUUGUAAGUACCUAGGCAAUCAUUAAUUUUUUAUUUUCCUGUAUGUCAUUGCGUAACUUUUAUUCUACUCUAUUAUGAUAUAAAAUUAUUGUAUUGUUCUUUUGUAUUCAUUCAAGAACAUAACUAUAGAAUAUCAAUAUAUUAUGUUUAAGGUUUUUAUCAGGUAGGUAUCUAUUAAAGUUUUUGGCAUUGGAUUAAUGUACAUACUACCGUAUCGAUUUGUUAUUUAUAAAUCUAUUUUCAAUAUUAUAAAAUAGUGAUCUGUACUACGAAAUAAUUGGUCAUUAAUUAUUUGCCUACAAACUCGAGUGUUUAUAGAAAAUAUCGUUUUCAAUACUAUCUUUAUUAAGUAUGUAAUAUGUAUCCACUUUUAAUAGUCAGAGUAGUCUUAUCCAAAAGACCUAUAGGUAUAGGAAAUAAAAAUAUAUACAUAUAUAUUAUAAUUGUUAAAAAACAUUUUUAGUUUUACUAUGAUGUAUACCUUGUGUGUGUGAGUUUAUGAAAAACUUCUUCCAUAAAUAUUACUGUUAUCUUCAAGUGUUGCAUAUUUUAAAAAACAAAUAUCUUGUUGGUGUAUUAAGAAAUUUUGAUUUUUCCAGUAAAUGUCUUAACAAUCGGGAAAUGUACAUAAUAAUGGUUCGGUUAUUUUAGAUUUUGUUUGUUUAUUUUAAAUGGUUUUACAGGUAUCACUAUCAUCUCUUACGAGGAAUGUAUUGGUUUUACUAUGAUGUUCAUUAUUUUUUUUUGUGAUCAACUUUUCUACCAGAAUUUUCGCUUUUGUUUUAAAGUGUAGCAGCUUUUCUGAAAGGAGAUUGUAUUUGACUACUCGAGUACUACUACUUUAGGAGAAGUCAUUUUCUAAGAGGUUUUCAAAAUGGAGAAAAAGUUUUUUACAUAAUUUAUAUUCAGUAGGUACUCUAUAAAUAUAGUUAGACCAAACAGAAGUGCUUGAAAAUUUAACAAAAGAUUAAGUCAUACUUUGAGGUCAAAAAAAAAAAUAUUAAUAUCAAAUUUUGUUGAAUAUCGUAAAUACCGCCUUUCAAAACAUGUAUAACUGAACUCCGCUUAAAAUCGGUUUUAAUUAAUCGUUCCGUACAGAUAUAUACAUUAAAUAAUCUCUAUCUGUCGAAAUAGGUAGGUACGUCUUUUGGAUGAGCGUAGUAAGGAAUUUUUUUAAUUUUUUUUUUCUGUGUGUGCAACUUUUUUAUCAGAAAAUUUGUUCCAAAGUUUCAAGUGUAACACUAUUUCUAAAAGGAAAUUUUGUCUAGUUGUGGUGCAUUGAGGUCAUUUUUUGAUUUUCUUAGGGGUUUUCAAAAUAAUUGUGCAAAAACCGAAAUUAUAGGUAAAACGGUAAUUAUUUACGGCUUUACCGUUUUCAUUGUUUUUAAUUUUUGCAAUUUUUGUUUUCUACCAGAAAUAUUGCCCUAAUCGGAAAAUGACAAGAGAUUGAUUUUGUUCCUUUUAAUGAAUAGCUACUGCAGUGCUAUAGCCAGGGGGCAUUAUUGGGGGUGAGUUAUUACUGGAUUUAUAUUUAUUUACUUUGAAUAGGUACAUAUUUUAUGUAAAAAUGGGACUAGUCCAUCAAACCGUUAUGGAAACCUCAACAGCUAAUUUUAGUGUUUAGUGUAGAAAGUGAACAAUUCCAAAACAAUAUCCCCUUUUUGAGCUAAAUAUCUUAAUAAAUUACUGUGAUAACGUGGUUUUUAUAUAAAGUCGUAAGAUUUUGUUCAGAUCUUAUCAUUAAUAGGCAACAAUUUGUUAUCCAUAAUUUAUUAAUGUUAUUUUUAGUCUAUCUAUUUCUGAGUUUAUGUUGUAAAAAUAUUAUUCAAUCUUUUUGAUUUUUAAAUAUUCAUGAAUUAUAAAAAAAAAGAAAAAAAUAUUUUGCCAAUCCAGUUACUCAAUAAGCUGUACACCCAAAGGAUUCUGUUUCCAGAUUUCGGGAAAACAUUUACGAGUGGCCAUUUCGCUAGCAACUUAAAUAAUAAACUUCCAUAUUAAAUAAAUAACUAAAUAAUUACAUUUCCGAAUAAAAGAAUAAAAGGGUUUUCAUUACAAAAUAAAAAUAUGUUUUUAUCUUUGUGUUUUAAAUGCAGAAAGAAGAUAUGUCAAACAAUUUAAAAUGAUUUCCAAUGGUUAUGUUAAAUUUAGAAAACUAUCAUAAUGAUUAAUUUUUAAAAAUGUGGACAAUAAUAUGAUUUAUUCAUUUGUAUGCUAAGCUGCUUCUCAAUCUUGCCUAGACAGUUUUUGUGCCUUUUGAAAAUCAAGUUUUAGGCCCUUUCUGAAAUUAGUUAUUCAUAUAUUCUCAUGCAAGGUUACACACUCUGUUUUAACUUUACUUUAGUAAAAUUAAGGAGGUAUAAAUAAUAAGUGAUGAAGGAAUAAAGGAGUCUUAAAAUAAUUUAUAAUUAUUCUAGCUUAAUAAAACUAGUUAGAAAAAUGAAAUGUACCCCCUCCCAGAAAAUUUUUUCUGGCGACGGUAUUGAGCCACUGUCAAAUAAAUUCGUUUUUUGAUAUCUCAGGUAUAUUUCAUAAUAAUUGUGAAAAACCAAAAAUACGAUUUUUUCAAAUUAUGGUGCAACGAUUUUAUUAUUAUAAAUUUGUUCCGUUUGUUUUUCUACAAAAAACCUUACUAAACCUACCUUUAAUAUAAAUUCAUAAAUUUAUAUUAAAAAAAAAAAAAAAAAAAAAAAACAGACAACGGAGAUUGUACGAUGGGUGCGAACAUUAUUGAGAUGAAAAGUUGAGAAGUUAGAAUAUGAAGGAGAAUUUAAUGUAUAUCAGUGCAUAACAAUUAAUCAUUGCUAAUGAAAUAAGAUUCUGAGCGGGAUUCGGUUACACAUGUUUUGAAAUGCGAUAAUAUUUAUGAUUUGAUAUUAAAAUUAUUAUCGAAAAAAUUCUUUAUUACACUUAAAUUGUUACUAAAUUUUACAUUUAAUAUUGUUUUAACGAAUAUAGCCAAAAUGAUAUCGUUAUAUAUACUAUUGAAUGGUAAUAAUAACAAUAUAUAUAGACCUACUGUCUAGUAAUAAAAUUAAAAUAAAACCAAAAUUGAAUUUAUCUUCCUCAUUAAUAGAAAUCAAUUUUGCGAUUGUAUUAAAAACUUAUUAUCUACUUUCAUCAUAAUUUCCAUGAAAUUUCGGGGAGAGAAAGGUUGAAUCUCCCACCUUAUACACGCGUGUGACAGGUACGUACACCUCCACUAAACUACAAUAGAUACACUAAUAAUGAAAAUAUUGUGUUAUUUAAUAUAACACAUAUAAUAUCUGCAUAAUAUUAUAACUUCAAAAAGCUAUAUUUUCGAAAUUAAGUGAGUCUCUCAAUUCUGAUCGUUUUAAAUCUGCAAUAUACAUAAUAUAUGUUAAAAACAAAAAAAAUUGAAAAAUUUGCAUGAACUAGUAACUAGAUUUGUUGCACAUAAUUUUUACUCAAAUGAUUUUCGUAAAAAUAUGAUAUUCAAAUUCUUUUACAAAAAAAAAAUACUACAUUAAGCUCACAUUUCUUUGUUGACCAAAAAGUACGAUUUUUAAUGAACCUUCUGUUAAAUCUGACGGGAGGGGGGUACUUUAGGGAAGUCAUUUUUUGGUUUUCCCAGGAUUUUUCUCAACAUAUGGUAAAAACGGGAAAAUUUACGAAAUGUAGGUGUUAGUUGAAAAAUAUUUCGGCCUUUUUUUUCCUGUGAACAACUUAUCUACAAGCAAUUUUGCUCCAAUUUAUAAUAAUAGCACUUUUUCUAAAAGAAAACCUGACCGGAAAGGUACAUUAGGAAGGUCAUUUUUGAUUCUCCUAGUAGUUUUCACAAUAAUUUGGAUAAAAUGGGGAAAACGGACAAAUAUUUACGGCAUAAAGAUUUCAUAUUUUUAUAAUUUAUGUUAUAUAUGUUUAUAUUAAAAGACCUUUUUUGUUUUGGAUCUGGUUCCUUACAGAGGAAGUUUUUUUUUGGUUAAAGUUAUUUUAUAACGUACGUAUUUUUUUGUUUGUAAAUAUUAAUCACUAAAUAAUCGAAAAAUUCGUUUUAAAAAAAACGAAAAAAAUGUGUUAUUAUUUUCUGUUUUUUUCUGAUAAUAAUUAUUAUUUCUGUUCAUGUAGGAAUUGACGUAUGGGUAUAUUUUUUUUCGUGUCGGAACUUACAUAUGAAUUCACUUACCUGCUGUUUCAUGUGGGAACUUACCGAUCCUUCUAGCAUAGGCUAGCGUGGAAUCAUUUAUAUCUAUAGCCGUGAUAACGUUACAUAAUCCAUAUUAAAAGGUUAGUCUAACUGGCAUACUGCGUUGAGGAAUCUCUAGAGUCUAGACUAUAAAUACUGAUUCUUGUUAUCUGUAUACUAUUUAGUAUUUAUACUGUACUAUAUAAUAAAAACAGUCAUCCACGGCCCACGACCCACCCACCUACCUAAAAUGUUCUAGUGUAUUUACCCCAUUUUUCAUACCUGUUUGGUGCCACUGACUAUGGUCAACUCUAACAUACUCUUUCCUAAAAUCCGUAGAGAUUACAACCACUUGCACAAAGUUCGAAUGCAUUAAAAAUAUAGUUAGUAAAAAUUAAAUUAGAUGUUGUUUAUCAACUAGAAAGGCGUUAACUAUUAGUGGGAUAAGAUAAAAUACCCAAAAAGUUUACCUAUGUGGCUGAGAAUAGAAUUUGGUCUAUAAUUAGUGACUUUCGAAGCAUCGCAUUUUCCUAUAUAUUAUGAAAACCCCUGAAAAUCAAAAGAAUGACUUCCUCAAUGUACCAACUAGAUAAAAUUUCUUUUCAGAAAAAGUUCUACACAUAACACAUAGGAGCAAAAUAAGUAGUAGAAAAGUUGUUCACAAAAAAAAAAAAUUUUAAAAAUAAACAUCAUUGUAAAAUCAAUAAGUGGCGUAUACACUUUAUUUUAUUUUAUGAAAUUGUAAUGUAUUUAAUCAUUACGUUUUAUAAUGGUAAUACCUACAUCUUGAUGACUAUUAUAGUAUACCUAGACAUUUGUUUACUAUUAAGUAUUAGGUAUCUAAUUACCGAUUACUUAAAAUAUAUAUAUUUACUUAUCAAUCUCAUUUUUUAUUAAAUAUAUUAAUAUUGAUUACAAAUUUGUGAAACUACCAAAUUUUCUUUUAUAAUUUAUACCCAAUUUAUAUGCUGCAUUAAAUAUUUUUAAAAUGUUUGAUAAUUUACUAGGAAAUAAUAACUGUGUCAUACAGUCUUUGUGCAUUUUACAUAAAUACACUCAGAUUAUUUAAUUUGGGUGGGAGAGUUGUAAAUGUAAAAAUAUAUUUUUGGAAACGUAUAGUAUUUAUAGUAUAGUUAUUGGUAUCCCCGCGUUAUACUUAGUUUUAAAUGUAUCACUUUAUCAAAUUUCAACUAAAAUAUUAAAAUAUCCAUGAUAUUAUAAAAACUAACUACAAUAUUAACUGGCGUAAAUAUGGUGCUGGUCUUUCGUCGCUUUUAAUUAGUUUAUAAUUUUUGGCGAUUUUUUGAAUUAUGUUAUUAAGCUAGAAUAUAAUUUGAUAUCGCCUCAAAAGACCAGUGCCAUAUUGGUCUAUGAAGUAAUGGAUGGUGGAAGAGAGGUGUAUGCGUUUGAAACUAUAUUAAAAGGUGUUUUUGAGUUUUGGCCUGUAUCCUAAUUUAUAAUAAUUAUUAUAUAUUAUUUUUAUUUAAUUUUAUAUAAUAUUCUUUUAAUAAUUUUUCAAUUUUUACUAUAAUAAUAUACAAUUUAUUUGUAUGUUUGGCAGGAUGGACUUUUUUUAACAAAAAAAGAAUGAUGAAGUGAUUAAUUUAUUAUGGUGUACUGGUGGGGUGAUAACAUAAUAACAAAGAAGUACCAAUUUUUUAUUAAAAAUUUAACUUAUUUAAAUUUAAUAUAAUAUUGAAAAUAAAAUUACAAAAAAAAAAAAAGAUGUUUUAUAAUGUAAUUUUUUACAAAAAAAUUCUAAUGUUUUUACAUUGCUAUUAUUUUACUUGUAAAUUGGUCAGAUUAAUAUUUAGGACUAUUUAAAAUCUGUUGAACCUCUCUAAAUAGUAUAUAAGUAUUAUAAGUUAUAAUCAUAUAUUCAUACCUAUAUUAUGCUUGUAAUUUGCUUACUUUUAGAGAGACCCAGCAGUUGAAGGAAUCGAAUGUGAAGUAGAAGUUGAUAUUGAUGAUUUGUUAGACAUGGAUGAUGAUCAUCAGCGAAUUCAAUUUCUUCAAGUGAUUUGAUAGAGAAUUCAAUUAUUAUUAAUAAUUAAUUUUAACUAAUAUAUAUUUUUCAGGAACUAUUGUCAUCAGCAAAAUCUAAGGAAAAUGUUAAAGUAUGUUUAAUUAGAUCAGUAUUUUUAGGCUCAGUAAAUCUAAUAACUAAUUUUCAUUAUCAAUUAAAUCUAUAUAGUUAAUAGACUUACUAAAAUGUCUAUACUAACAUGGUUAUACGGAAACAAUAAUAAAAAAAAAUACAUAAAAUAUAGUAUAUGGUAUAACAUUUAUGUAUUAUAUAUUAUUAAACAAAUAUUAAUAUGCAUUAUUUAUUAAGCCAGAACUUAGCAUUUCAAUAAAAUACAUCUACCUGCUGCAUAUUAAUUAUAUAGUGUUAUAUUAUACUUAAUUAUAUAAUACACAAUUUUGUAGCAAUUUCUGUGAAAUAAAACAAAAUAUUCAUAAUAUAUUUUUAACACAAUAAUGAAGUUUAGAAGAUCAAAAUUAAAUAUACUUUAAUUUGAUCUAAAGUAGUGUCAUAUUUUAGAUUCUGAGUGAAGCGAGGAAUAUUUUAGUUUUAUAAUUAUGUAUUUGUUUUUCUUCUUUCUAUGAUCAACUACCAAAAAUCAUAUUUCGAUUUUUAAGUUUAGAAUUCUGAAAGAAAAUUUAAUCUGGGUAGUACUUUAGGGAAAUUAUUUUUUGAUUUCCAAGAGGUUUUCAUAAUAAAUAGGAAAAACAGGAAAAUUUAUGAAAUGCGUCACUUUCAGUUUUGUUUUUUUAUUUGUUGUAGUUCAGUUAAAAGUAUUUUGUAGAGACUUAAAAUUUGGACAGAAAACUUAUUUUGUCUUUACCAAAUGUGGUAAAAUUUUCAAAUCAUUUUCAAUAUUUUUGAGAUAUUUAUAGACAUUUUAAUUUUGUGAGAUCUUUUGAAGUUCUCUUGAAGAUUUAAGUACUUCUCUAGUCUAUUGGAAAUUGCUAGUUGACGUUAAUUUUUUAAUCCCCCCCCCUUUCUGUUAAUUCUUCCUACAUUCAAAACAUCUAUUAAAUGACAAGCGGUAAAACAAUUGCAGUAAAAUGUCUUAGACCUCUGGAGUUAGUCCUUUGUAUACCACCGAAAUUUGAAAAUCAACAAUAGCAUGAAAACUGUAUAAAUAAAAAACUAGUGUUCAAUAAGUGACAGAACUCUUAGUAGGACACUUAUUAAAAAAAAAAUAUCAGAAGUUAGCCUCAGAAUCUGAUCUGUCUACCUAGUAGGCACUAUUUAGUUACUGUUAGACCUAAAUUAUGAAUCAGGCACAGUCCAAACACUAAUUUUAUGGUGUAAUUUUUACUCUGAUUAAAACAUAAAUAUAAGGAUAUAAAAAAUGUAUUUUAUAUGUGACUAUUUGGUUAGAAAUAAACCCCAUGUUAUCUUAUGAAUAUUAUAUUUAUAUUAAGUAUAUUAUUGUAAUAUUUUAAUUAUUGUGUUAAAUUAUUUUUUAAAGGAAUUUAUUGAAAGAUUGCUUGAGAAGAUUAAAACAUUGUAGAUGGUAUUAAACGAAAUACUGCAAUAAUUAUUCAUCCAUCAGAUUAGCUCUUAACUGCCAAGUAAGAAAUGUUAAAUCUUGCCUAUUUAAUAGCAUUAAAUGCAUUUGGAGAAUACAUUUUUACUAGAUAAUUAUAAUAAAAAGUACCGUCCAGAUGUAUAAUAGGUUUAAAUAUUGUAUACUAAAAUAAAUCAUGUAAUACCUCCAUUAUAUAUGUAUUUGCUUUAUUCAAAUUGAAUAUUUUAGUUUUUUAAUGAACUAGUUUAAAUAUUUUUUCUGUACUAUUUUUAUAAAGUUUUAAAAUAUUGUUUAUAUACAAGAUCAUAUUCUGUGGGGUGGGGGUUUCUAAAUUAAACUUUAAUUAUUUUUAUUUGCUCUGGUAUAACUUUGGUAAAAUAUAUUAUGAAAUAAUACUCAUCAGUUAGAAUCUUUCCCCCAGAAAAUAUAUUCAUACGAUCUUGUAUAUACAUUUAUAUAUUUAGUAAUUUUUUUGGUUUAUACAAGUGUAAAUAUUAUAAUGUAUUACUGGUUAAGUAUUUGUUUUCACGUUUUUAGUUUGUAAGACUGAUCUUUUGUUGCAAAAAAAAAAAAUUAUAAUAUUUAUUUGUAUUACCGUAUUUUAAUUUGGCAUAUUUAAACUCUAUAGUAUAGUAUACAAUUUGUGUGAUAAAUAAAAAUAUUUAAUUUAAAUUUCAGCUCAAAAAAUAUAUUCUUUAACUUUUAUUAAUUUACUAAGCAACUUCAAUAAGCACUUUAUGGGAAGGUAAUGUUAUGUAAUAGUAAAUUAUAAAACGUAUUAUACUAUUAUUGAAUGGUGGUCUACAAGAUUAAUUGCAGUUUAAAGUAAAAUUACAAAAUAGAUCAUUUAAUUUAUGCUGUAUUAAAAAUUACAUCAAUAAAUGAAUCUCAAUUUUUAAAAUACAAUUUAGAUUAAUUCAGAACACUCUAAACACUAAUUAUAUUCUAGAAAGUAUUAAUUUUUUAUGUAUCAAAAUAUUAAAUACGGCUGAUUCUUAAAUUUUAUCUGUAUCUUUAUCUGUGUAUUUAUAUGUAAAAUCACUAUCAAUUAUUGAUUAUUACAGGCAGCAUCCAUGUUUAAACCAUUAAAAUUAUAUUUGUUUACCCAUAUUAAUUGUUGAAAAUAAUAAAAUUAAACAAAUGAAUUUUGAAUACUGCAAUAUUUUGCAUAAUAUAUUUUAAAUUUUCCAAAAAAAAAAGUUUAAAAAAAUUACUACAGGGUAUAUGGAUAUACAAAUAUUCAUAUAUUUAUAGUAAACUUGGAACUAAAUUACAAGCUUUUAAUUAUAAGUAUAGAUACUCAAAAUGUGUUGAUUAGAAUUUUAUUUUAUUUUAUUCUUGUACAAAAUAGAUGUAAUUUAAUUUAGGUUGCCU